AACGGAAUAAGUGCCCAGCUCUGUGUGAGGCGCCGGCAUUCUCUAUCCGCUGUUACUAUGCCUGAUCACGGACGGCGAGCUUUCCACCGAGUGUGCAACUCGGUCAGCGGCGUCAACUGGCGCCCGACGCGCUUCGUCGACGAGCUAGUGGUGGAUCGUUACGCCUGCGGCGUGUGCCACGUGAUUCCGAGCACGACGGUUGUACUGCUCUGCGGUCACGCCCUGUGCGAGCAGUGCCAGCGAGGCUCCGUCAUUCAAGAUGGCGGAAGCGUCUGCCCCCUUGACGGUGAGCCGUUCUGCGAGGACAGCUGCCAGAAGCUGCAGCUCCCAGAAAAAAAGAAGCAGAACCUGAAGAACACGCCAGCCAGCCUGCACCGCCCUCCCAUGGAUGCCACUUGCGGCAUUUGCUCUCGAGACCACAGUGAUGAUUCAAGGCAAAACAGCUCUAGCCUUGCCGGAAUGUGUGCUGGUGCGAAUACGGGUGCAACUGCCAGUUCUUAAGAAGAGGAAACUAGCCAAGCUACAAGUGAAACAGAUGUUCUUUGUGAUGACGGUGCAACAAGCUUCAGUGGCAGUGAACUCAAUUUUGCUUUUGAGUUGAGCUCCGAAAGGAUCCUGUUCAAGAAACAGAUGAAAUGGGCAGCAAUGAUGAAGAGAGUGCACAGAUGCAUGAUGCUGAAGGAAGUGGGAGUGAAGCUGCAGGAGAUGAUUUCGUUAAGUAUUUUGGAAAACUCGGACAGGAAACCCAACCUUAUCAGUCAACAACAAAAGCAUAAGCUUUCCUGCUUGUGCUUAAUACAUUGUCACUGCAGGACUGAAAUGGGCACAAGUUCGAGGGCUUCUAACUUUGAUAAAUGCCUUGUUUGGGGAGAAAGUUGUGCCAUGCACUACCUACUCCCCGAGAAAGCUGUGGAAGAGCAAGAACCAAGCGUUAAGGGUGCACUUAUAUUGUCAAGCCUUCCAUAAAUACCUCGGACUACCUUGCAAUGCCAAAAGCAAGCCCAGUGUCCCCUGUGAUUCAUGUGGUGCAGAAAAGUGGCUUCAAGAGUCAAUAAGUUCUGGAAGUUUCUUUUUGAUAUUUAACUUGAAACGGCAGUUGCUUGAACUCUUAAAACAAGUUGGCAGGCCUCUCCACACUAACUUACAGAAGCUGUCAUCAGGGCCCCUAGUGCCAGGUGCUUUUUCUGGCAUCACCGAUGGAAGUUUGUACCAUAGUGUAUGAAAGCAGGUAAACAUGACAUGGAGUGAUAUCACAUUGACCUUCAACAGUGAUGGGGCACCUCUGUUCGAUUCCAGCAAGAGCACAAUUUGGCCAGUUCAAUAAUGAUAAAUGAGCCGCCAGUUUUGAUGUAGUGGCAAAAUGUGCUCAUCUCAGGGCUAUAAAUCUCAAGGACUCACCCACCGAUGCACCUCUUCAUGAUGCAGUUUGUUUAAGAAGUCACAAAUGUUGGAACUCUAGUAUGGUCUCUUGCUUAGGCGGUAUGAACAUGCUGCAUCAGCAUGUCCGCGUUGGUGCAUAACCGCUGUUGUGACCAUACACUAUAAUUGACAAAAGUGUAAUUUUAGUGCGCACGUGAGUUGCAAGCAAGGCGCUUUAGCUAGCGUGGGAAUGAUUGCUUAUGUGGAUUUGUAUAACAUUCUCUAUUUUCCUUUGCACAUUAUCGUCACUUUGUAUUUUAUAUAAUUUAUUGCAUUUUUACAAGUACUAUUAAAUACAUAGGAGAGUU